UUUUGUUUUUUUUUUGUUUUUUUUGGUUUUUUUUUAUUAAAGAAAUAUCAUCAUUUAUUUACGUAAUUUUCAAAAUUAUAAUCGUUUAAUGCUCAUUAAAAUUUUUAUAAACGUUUACACGAUUGUCGAAAUAGCAGUAAAAUUUAAUACAAUGUUCAGGUUAGAGUUACUUUUCCAUUAUGUAUCUUUACUUUUUAUCUAAUUAUUAAUUAUCAUAUUUUUAUAUAAAACGCACGUGUUUUGUACAUUGUUCCAAUUACACAACAGGACAAAUCGAAACAAUGUUAAUCACAUUCAAUUUUACACGACGCAAAACGAAGCCUACCCUCCAUUACUAAAUGAUCAGUGGAACUACACGUUAGGUUAGUUUAAUGUCGUUUGUUAUCAUUAUUUAUAAUUGUUGAGUACUAAAGGAUCGUGCUUUUAAUAAAAAGAAGAAAAGUAAAAUAUUUUUAAACGUAUCGUUAAAUUUUAUACAAAUUAUUUAAAUACAAACGAAUGAAGAUUAUGACAAAAUAAAAAGAGGAUUUCAACAUAAUUUCACAAUAAAGAGUUGUUAAGAGGAAAGACAUAUUGACAUUGAAUCAUCUGUACAUUGAAAAAAGCUUGCAUGAUUCAUUAUAAUGAGAGUAUUAGAACUAUACAGUGGUAUUGGUGGAAUGCAUUAUGCUCUUCAAGAAAGUGGUAUUAAAGGUGACAUUGUUGCUGCUGUUGAUAUCAAUACCAUUGCAAACAGUAUAUACAAAUAUAAUUUUCCAGAUGUAUUACUUAUGAAUUGUAAUGUUCAAUCACUCUCUGCAAAACAGAUAAAUGAUUUAAAUAUAGAUACUAUAUUAAUGAGUCCACCAUGUCAGCCUUAUACGAGAGUAGGACUGCAGAAAGAUAUAUCAGAUAACAGAUCAUCCUCAUUACUUCAUGUUCUUUCAUUGAUUCCACAGUUGAAAACAUUAAAAUACAUACUGCUUGAAAAUGUGAAAGGAUUUGAAAAGUCCGAAAUGAGAAAUGCGGUAUUAAAAUGUAUGAACACAUCUGGAUUUAAUUAUAAGGAGUUAAUUCUAAGCCCUUGUCAAUUUGGUAUACCAAAUACCAGAUAUAGAUAUUAUCUGUUGGCUAAAAGAAAGGAUUUUCAAUUUUGCUUCGAUCAAUGCACAUUAAACUUUAAUGUACCAGAAGCUAUUUUAAAGGCCUUACCAAAAAGUAAACAUAAUUUAUUAGCAGAAGGUGCUAAAACAGAUAAGAAAUGCUAUAAAUUAGAAAAUAUUUUAGAAAAUGUUGAAGCGUCACAGUAUUUAAUUCCUAGAAAGUUGUUACAAACAAGAGCUUGGUUGUUUGAUAUUAGAACAUCUCAAAGCGAUGGUUCCUGUUGUUUUACAAAAGCUUAUAGCCAUUAUGUAGAAGGAACUGGUUCUAUAUAUUGCCCAUAUACAAAAGAAAUAAUUCAACAGACGUUUUUAGAAGCAAAUAAAUAUGGGAAGAAAUCGUUGGAGGCAUCAGAAGUUUUACAAAGAUUAAUGUUAAGGUAUUUUACACCUAGAGAAGUGUGUAGAUUGAUGUGUUUUCCUGAGGAAUUUGUAUUUCCAGAACAUAUAACGUGUAAGCAAAAAUACAGACUUUUGGGAAAUUCAAUUAAUGUACAUGUAGUUAGUAGAUUAAUAUUUUUAUUAUACACUAAAAAGAAAAUUACAUGACAUUCACAGAAAUAUAUUUUAUAUAUAUUUUUAAUAAAAAAAAUCUUUUAUAUUCUAAAACAAAGUUAUAAAGUUCCUGAUAUUAGAAAUAUUUAUGAAGAAAUAAUAAGUGUAAUAAGUAAAUGAUAUCUACAAAUACAGAUCAUUUAUGAACAUUUGAAAUUGGAAAUAUUAGCAUUUAUAUAAUUUUUAUAUUUUAAUCAUUUGCAAUCAUUAAUAAUGAUAAUUAUAAUCAUUAUUACUUUUGAAUAAUGUACAGUUCAUAUUUUUCUUGAUUAGAAAAAUGUUAAAGAUUCAGAGAAAUGUUAAAAAUUCAGUGUAAAAAUAAGUGUAGUAUAAGGAACGAAAGCAAUACCUAUCAAUUUUAUUGUUUUACGAUAAAAAAUUCCAAUAUAUAUUUAUAUAGUUUCUAGUUCAGGUGGAAUGUGAAUCUUUUUUUCUAUAGCAAAUUUUUUUAGAGCUUGAUAUUUAGAAUGCCAAGAUUCUAUCUCUUCUCUCAUAUGGU